AUGGCGGGUGAGAAAAAGCCAAGCGAGAAGGCGCCCGCUAAGAAGCCAGGUGAGAAGAAGCCAGCUGAGCAGAAAUCGACCCAGAAGGCAGCAGGUGACAAGAAGAAGAGGGGUAGGAAGCAGCAUGCCAGCCGGAACCCUGUCCUGGCCCGCGGCAUCGGGAGGUAUUCCCGCUCAGCCAUGUACGCCAGGAAGGCGCUGUACAAGCGCAAGUACACGGCUCCUGAGACAAAGAUAGAAAAGAAAAAGAAGGAGAAGCCCCGUGCAACCAUCACCAAGCCGGUCGGUGGAGACAAGAACGGAGGCAGCCGUGUGGUUAAAAUCCGCAAAAUGCCCAGAUACUAUCCCACUGAGGAUGUUCCUCGCAAGCUUCUGAGUCAUGGCAAGAAGCCCUUUUCCCAGCACAAGAGGAGGCUGCGGGCCUCCAUUACUCCAGGAACUGUUCUGAUCCUGCUCACUGGCCGCCACCGGGGCAAGCGUGUCGUCUUCUUGAAGCAGCUUGAUACCGGCCUUUUGCUCGUUACAGGACCCUUGGUUAUCAAUCGUGUCCCUCUGCGUAGGGCCCAUCAGAAAUUUGUUAUUGCUACAUCUACAAAGGUUGAUAUCUCUGGAGUGAAAAUCCCCAAACAUCUCACUGACGCGUACUUCAAGAAGAAGAGGCUGCGUAAGCCCAAGCACCAGGAAGGCGAGAUCUUUGACACUGAAAAAGAAAAAUACGAGCUCACAGAGCAGCGCAAGGCUGACCAGAAGGCCGUGGACGCACAGAUCCUUGCACGGAUCAAGAAGGUGCCUCAGCUCCGUGGGUACCUACGCUCCACAUUCUCUCUCUCCAAUGGAGUCUAUCCUCACAAAUUGGUGUUCUAACUCUUCUGAAAGCACCACAUUAAAUUUGAAAGGAAAAAAAAAAAAAAA